AUGAGAAGGAAGGACGUGCUGCUGCUCGGCUUCGGGGCCUCCACGUGGCCGGCUGGGUACCCGAAUCAGAAGCCGGAGCAGGAGGCCCACGGGAGCGGAACGUCGGGGAGCAGUGCAGCGGCCCUUCGAGCGAGCAGCGGAUUGGAGCGGCUCGGCGGCCAGGGCCUCUGUAGCCCGGCCGCCUGUGCAGCUUUGGAGGCGGCGGCGGGAACUGCCCACGAGGAACCAGCGGGGAUCACGACACAACCGGCGGACUCAGGACCGGGAGACGGCAGGGACGACAAUGAUGCAGCGCUUCCGGAAGCUGGCACCUGGAGCCGCCAAGGAGCCCGAGCAGGUGCCCGAAUGGUUGUGGAACCUUGGGAUGUAGAGGCGUUUAGGGCCAUCCAAGCCUCCAUAGCGCCCAGGACACGGGUUGCCUACGACAAAAGGGUCAGGGCCUUUCUGCAGUUUAGAGCUCAGGUAGGAUUGGUCCAUGUGUGGCCUGUGCCGCCGGAACAGCUGAUGCAGUACCUGGUGCACCUCCGUGCCCAGGGGCUGGCGGUGAGCACCAUGGCCGGCCAUUUGGCUGCGCUGGCUUUCUUUGGGAAAGCAAGGGGCCUCCCCGACCAUUCUGGGGACUUCAGGGUCCGGCGCAUGCUGGAGGGCUGGGCGAGGGAGACGCCCGUGCAACCUGACCGACGUAGGCCGGUCACCCCAGAGGCGCUGCAGCUGGCACUGCGGCAACUUGCCGGGGUUUGUGCGUCUCCUUAUGAGGAGGUCCUGUUCAGGGCGGCAGCCUUGGUUGCUUUCUUCGGGGCCUUUAGGGUUGGAGAGAUGUUCCCCAGGAGCAGGCGCGGCCCCACGAGUAGGGUACUUCAAUUCAGUGACCUCACCGUGGGUGCUUCCCGGGUGGUACUGCACCUUAGGUUUUCAAAAACAGAUCAGAGAGGCAAGGGGCAGAGUGUCGCGCUGCAUGCCGCUGGCGACCCGGGCUUGUGCCCAGUCCGUGCACUGGAGAACUACACGGAGGCCAGGGGUUCAGCUAUGGGGUGCCUCUUUAUCCACGCUAAUGGGCGCCACGUGACCCAAUUCCAGUUUUGGGCGGUGAUGAGGAGAGCCUUUGUGGCGGCGGGGGUGCCUACCCAGGAUCUGGCCCCCCACUCCUUUCGGAUUGGGGCGGCUUCCAUGGCUGCUCGGAUGGGUUAUUCGGGCCCGGAAAUCCGGCGGCUGGGCAGGUGGCGGUCAGCGGCUUACCGCCGAUACGUGCGGUAGAUGGGCGCAUAAAUUCUGCCCCACCCCACCCCCACCCAUGAACCAUUUAUUUGUGCCACUCCUAACGCUUUCUCCUCUUGCGCAGGGCCUCAGGCGGCUGGGCCGAGGGCGGCCGGGCAGCGCGCAAGAGUCCUCAUACUGGGCCAUUCCUUCAUUUUCUGGGCACGCAAGUGGGCGCAGAGCGCCGACCUUGGAACCCAGCUUGGUUUGGGGCGUUGGGCCACUGUGGAGUGGCUUGGCCGGCGGGGCAUGCGGAGGGCCCAGUUCCUGCCGAUGCUGCACGAGUUCCUGGAAGGGAAUCCUGUCCCGGAUGUCCUGCUGCUGCAUUUUGGAGGCAACGACCUGGUGGACCAGUCUGGCAUUUCGCUCUCAAGACAGAUUGCCCAGGACCUGGUGGUCGCCCUCUCCUGGUGCCCGGGGCUGGUGGUCAUCUGGUCUGACAUCACUCAGCGGCGAGUCUGGAGGGGGGCGGUGAAGCAGAACAAGGUAGAUAGGGCUAGGCGCGGGGUGAACGCGGCCAUGGCGCGCUUCAUCGCCUCAAAGGGGGGCGGGUGCAUCCCACACAACGACAUCGCGUUCUCGCUCCCCCAGUUAUUCAGGGGUGAUGGGGUGCACUUGUCCCCCCUGGGUAUGAGGUAUUUCUUAGACGAUCUGCGGCUGGGGUUGGCAACAGUGCUGUUAGGCCUGUGGGGUGGCGGGGCGUCAAGCUAGGCUGACGCCCGCUGUGGCGGGCACAGUGCGGAGGUGAGCGGCUGAUGCGGUGCGGCACCUUAGGUAAGCUUUAGCUGUAAGGUGGAGGGGCAGAUCCCUUGAGGCUUUACAGAUCAGGGAUGCUGCCUUGCUCCCACCUCCCUGCAACCGACACCCUUCCGUAUGGCUUUACAGCGUCGGACAGGUGAUGUAAAUUGCAGGGUCCUGACCUUAGGUCGGCAACGAAGGGCGCCCCCUUCUGGAAGGUGGGCCGCCUGGAGCCGAGGUGUCUGUGCCAUGAGAUUCUAGGGCGGGGGUGGCCACGUGGUGCCCCCCCCAUCCGAGCCCGCACUGUUGCUGCUCUGAAUGCCAACCCCAGCUGCCGUGCCUGUGCAGGCACUGUCUUAAAACCUUGUACCCCUAAUAAAGUGACCAGUUCCUCCAUAAUACUUCUGUGUCCGUGUCUCCUUGGGUCUGGGUGCAAGCCAGCCGAUCGCAGCCGCUCUAGGCUGCGCGGCUUGUUUGCCCUCAGCCCCACCCCCUGGAGCACGUGGCACUGGGAGCUAGCUCCCAUUGGCCCGGCUCCGUCUCGGAGGCGGGGCUAGCAGCAGUGAACCGGCAGCAGGCCUGUGCCGGCUCAGUCCUUCCCUGACCGAGCACCCUCCCUCCCUCCCUCUGGCAUAGGUUGGGCUUUGCUGGUCGCCGUUUGGGGCCGGGCAGGAAUUUUUUGGGUAUACGCUUGAUUGGCCUUAGCGUGCACCUUUUUUCGCCUGCCUCAACCUAUACCAGUUAGUAGCAAGGUUGCUUAGCGGGAUUGAUUAGUUAGCCAGGGAAUAGCUUGUGGUCACUUUUACCACGGGGUUGGCGGGCACAGUGCGGAGGUGAGCGGCUGAUGCGGUGCGGCACCUUAGGUAAGCUUUAGCUGUAAGGUGGAGGGGCAGAUCCCUUGAGGCUUUACAGAUCAGGGAUGCUGCCUUGCUCCCACCUCCCUGCAACCGACACCCUUCCGUAUGGCUUUACAGCGUCGGACAGGUGAUGUAAAUUGCAGGGUCCUGACCUUAGGUCGGCAACGAAGGGCGCCCCCUUCUGGAAGGUGGGCCGCCUGGAGCCGAGGUGUCUGUGCCAUGAGAUUCUAGGGCGGGGGUGGCCACGUGGUGCCCCCCCCAUCCGAGCCCACACUGUUGCUGCUCUGAAUGCCAACCCCAGCUGCCGUGCCUGUGCAGGCACUGUCUUAAAACCUUGUACCCCUAAUAAAGUGACCAGUUCCUCCAUAAUACUUCUGUGUCCGUGUCUCCUUGGGUCUGGGUGCAAGCCAGCCGAUCGCAGCCGCUCUAGGCUGCGCGGCUUGUUUGCCCUCAGCCCCACCCCCUGGAGCACGUGGCACUGGGAGCUAGCUCCCAUUGGCCCGGCUCCGUCUCGGAGGCGGGGCUAGCAGCAGUGAACCGGCAGCAGGCCUGUGCCGGCUCAGUCCUUCCCUGACCGAGCACCCUCCCUCCCUCCCUCUGGCAUAGGUUGGGCUUUGCUGGUCGCCGUUUGGGGCCGGGCAGGAAUUUUUUGGGUAUACGCUUGAUUGGCCUUAGCGUGCACCUUUUUUCGCCUGCCUCAACCUAUACCAGUUAGUAGCAAGGUUGCUUAGCGGGAUUGAUUAGUUAGCCAGGGAAUAGCUUGUGGUCACUUUUACCACGGGGUUGGCGGGCACAGUGCGGAGGUGAGCGGCUGAUGCGGUGCGGCACCUUAGGUAAGCUUUAGCUGUAAGGUGGAGGGGCAGAUCCCUUGAGGCUUUACAGAUCAGGGAUGCUGCCUUGCUCCCACCUCCCUGCAACCGACACCCUUCCGUAUGGCUUUACAGCGUCGGACAGGUGAUGUAAAUUGCAGGGUCCUGACCUUAGGUCGGCAACGAAGGGCGCCCCCUUCUGGAAGGUGGGCCGCCUGGAGCCGAGGUGUCUGUGCCAUGAGAUUCUAGGGCGGGGGUGGCCACGUGGUGCCCCCCCCAUCCGAGCCCGCACUGUUGCUGCUCUGAAUGCCAACCCCAGCUGCCGUGCCUGUGCAGGCACUGUCUUAAAACCUUGUACCCCUAAUAAAGUGACCAGUUCCUCCAUAAUA